AUGUCCAAGCUCGUGUCCUUAGACUUCUCGUCGAAGCAUGAAGAGCGGAUUAGAUUCCUUGUGCCUCAUGCAGGAUUAGUCGACCCUGACCAAAUGGAUACUGAAAGCUUGGACUUUACGUUGCAAGAAGGGCGACUUUUACAUAUGGGUGGCUCAAUCGAAAUGCAAAACACCGUGACAAUGGGCUGUGCUGGCGCUAUCCUGACCUAUCUGCAAAGGCGAAAAGCCAUGAUGUCGUCUGGCAAUGGAUCUGUCGAGAUCUUUCGCAUUGUCUCCGUCGAGAUGAUGGGAUUGAAAGGUACCAUGUAA